AUGGCACAAGAGAACCGUUGGAAAUGGGUCCUAGGUACCGCAGUUGUAACUGUAGCUGUUACAAAGGCAGUAGAAUCUUUGUACCACUUAUAUUCGUUAAAAUAUGGCAAGAGUGAUGUGAACGACAAAGAUAUUCAACUGGCAAAAAGAAUUCGUUCCACAAAUGGUUAUGACGAUGAACUUUAUCGCGAGCAACUUGCUCGUAACUAUGCAUUUUUUGGAGAACAAGGUAUGGAAAAUCUGAAAAAUCAAUACUUUAUCGUUGUCGGUGCAGGUGGUGUUGGAUCAUGGGUGGUAGCAAUGUUAGUGCGCUCUGGUUGCACCAAAUUGAAAAUCAUUGAUUUUGACCAGGUAUCCUUGAGUUCUUUGAACAGACAUAGCUGUGCGAACACAUACGAUGUGGGUUUAUCCAAGGUUGAUGUUCUCAAAGAGCACAUGUUAAAAAUUGCUCCAUGGUGUAAAAUUGAAGCUGUUAAUGAACUUUGGAACAAGGAAAGCGCAGACCGUUUGAUAUUUGGAGAGGAUGGGCUUGAUAAACCUACUUUUGUGAUCGAUUGUAUUGAUAACAUCACGACGAAGGUUGAUCUUUUGGAGUAUGUCUAUAAGAAAAAGAUCCCAGUCAUUGCGUCGAUGGGCGCUGCGACAAAGUCUGAUCCUACUAGGAUUAACGUUGGUGAUUUGAGCAUGACUGAGGAGGACCCUUUAGCGCGUAGUAUAAGAAGGAGAUUAAAGCUGCGGGGUAUUACAAAAGGUAUUCCAGUUGUGUUUAGUGCAGAGAAACCGGAUCCUAAAAAGGCAAAACUGCUUCCUUUGCCCGAGGAAGAAUUCCAAAAGGGUAACGUUGAGGAACUAAGCGCCCUAAAGGAUUUCCGGGUAAGAGUGCUUCCAGUGUUGACUACUAUGCCGGGUGUGUUUGGUCUGACAAUUGCUACUUGGGUUAUGUGCAAAAUAGCCGGUUAUCCGAUGGAACCUAUUGUAGGAAAAAACAGAAUUAAGGUGUAUGACGGUAUCUAUAACUCGCUGGUUGGCCAAACGUCUCGAAUUGGUAUCCCAGACCAGCGUGUUCCAGUCUCAGUUAACGAUAUUGGAUAUAUACUAGAGGAGGUUUUCCGUGGCAAGUCACCAAUCAGCGGGUAUUCUACGCGGUUAACUUUGUCAAAGUGGGAUCCAUCUAAACCGGUAUCUUUACAAAAUGUUGUAAUUAUGACUAAAGAAGAACAAGCUGCCCAUGAAGAGCGCGUCUUGAAUGGUUCCGAAACCUUGGAACAAGUUUACUCUGCUGAAGUCCUCAAUUUGAUAAACCAAAGAUUUAGUGAGGAAAAGUACUAUUCACAAUUCAGAUAA